CUAGGAAUCUUCUGUUUAGCUUGUUUGUUUAAAUGAUUCUUUACUUCUUCACAUCAACACAAAUGUUGGUUUCAGUAGGUAAAUGCUAAAUGAAGUUUAAUCUUAUUAUAGAUUGUAGGACCAUGCUGACUGGGAGCAGGCGUACCCUGUUUGAGCCUCUUAAGCUGCAGUGUUGCAGAUAUUUCUCAUCUGAAAAUGAGCAGACACCCCCAAGAACACUGAUCACAGGCAGUUUAGGGCAACUUGGUUUGACGCUUGCAAAACAAAUGAGGUCACGGUAUGGGAAAGAGAGAGUCGUAUGUACAGAUAUUCGGAAGCCUCCUAAGAUUGUCCUUCAGAGUGGACCGUACAGGUAUGCUAACAUUUUGAAUAAAAAUGGCUUAGAAGAAAUCCUUGUCGAACAUCGUAUUGAUCAGGUGGUACAUUUCUCUGCGUUACUCAGUGCUAUCGGAGAACAGAAUGUGACUCUUGCCCUCCAAGUCAACAUUGAGGGCUUCCAUAACAUCAUCGACCUCUGCAAAAUACACGAACUGAAGUUAUUUUGUCCAAGUACGAUAGGAGCGUUUGGACCGGAAACCCCCAAGAAUCCGACCCCGGACCUGACCAUUCAACGUCCGAAAACAAUAUACGGAGUAAGCAAGGUGUACAUGGAGUUGCUGGGAGAGUAUUACCACCACAGAUAUGGACUGGACUUCAGAAGUGCUAGAUUUCCCGGUAUCAUAUCGGCUACUACCCCUGGUGGCGGGACUACUGAUUACGCAGUGCAGAUAUUUUACGAUGCCAUAGAAACAGGUCAUCACGAAUGUUUCCUCGAGCCUGACACACGACUUCCCAUGAUGUACAUCUCCGAUUGUAUUCAGAGCGUGAUUCAAAUGAUGGAAUGCCCUGAGGAGGAUCUUACACAAAGAACUUACAACAUCGCUGCGUUUAGUUUCACCCCAGCUGAAAUUGUAGCUGAGGUACAGAAAUAUGUGCCCUUGACAGUCGACUACAAAAUUGACAAGGCCAGGCAGCGCAUCGCAAGUACAUGGCCCCAUGUCUUAAAGGACAACAACGCAAGGAGAGACUGGAGAUGGGAUCCACAGUUCAAUCUCGAGAAAAUGGUACCGUACAUGUUACAGAAGGUCAGGGACCAGCUACACAGCGAACAGGUUAUUAAGGAGCUCUUCUAGUUUUAGGAUCAUAGGACAAUAUUAUAUAGGGGAAAGUUUUUAGACCAAUGAACCCGAACCUGCUAGAGAAUAGAUGCAAUUUGUUUAAGAUGGGGUAAUUUUCGGUUAAAUUAUUUAGGACUUAUUUGUUAUCGGACGUAAACGAAAUCUUCCGCAAAAACCAUGCUCGGAGUUGGUUAAAUUUAAUAGUUCCGAUUUCUAAUGUAAAUUGAUUCGAACUUCGAACAUACAUUCUAGUGUACCGUUCAAACAUCUUGUAUAUUUUUGGACAUUUUAUUUUCCUACCUCUGAUGCAUGGUAUCGAAUUAAAACGCUGCUGAACUUAACGGUUUGGUUUUGGAUUCGAUUGAUAGUCGGAUGCGCGGCUCAAAUCAAUCAACAGGUAAAAUGUGGAGCCACGCACCCGAACCGAAUCUAGAACUGAACCAAACCUGCAGUCUGCAUUAAAGUUCAACAGUGUGAACACUGAAGCAUUCUUAUUUUAUUUAAUUAUCUAAACUUAUUUAACUAUUAAAUUUGAUAUUUGAAUAAAUUAUGUAUUUAAGAUUCUGCGUCAUUUAGAUCGAUAGUUAUUUUUCAAAUAACUAAAUUCACUAAAUUAAAUUGAAUAUUUGUUUCAUUUCUGCAUGUCAAGAAAAAACUAUUUAAUUGUAGGAUAAUUUAAAUUGUUUACACUAUGAGGGAUCGUUCACAUCUCACGUCAGCCUUUUUGACCCCCUGACCCUCCCCGUCUGUGAGUCACUUUACGCUGUGUAGAAAUUACACUAACUAAGUAACUUGUCCAUACCCCGUCCUUGUUAGACUAGUUUACGUCACAUGUGAACGAUCUUCUAUUGAAUCAUUGACUUAGACUGUACUUUGUAGUUAGUAAAGUAAUAAAUAUUUGUUUCUUUAACCUGUAUCAUAUCAACCGUACCACCAAACAUAUCAAUCUAAAAUUUAACGUCAUAUAAAUAGGUCUGUUUCGCACGCAACAGAUUUAAAAUCUAAGGAUUUUAUAUUUGCCGAAUUUUACUCAGGAACAUUAAUUUUUGUCGAGAAAAUGGAACGGAUAAAUUAUUCUUCCGUGGAUACAUAUUUAUUUAAAAGCUUGAGCUUUAUCUGUUUCAAUAUUUAAAUAUUGUUACUUGGUAGUAUUUAAUAUGAGUUAGGAUCGAAAUUAUUUAUUGCUCUAUAAUUAAAUAUAAUAU